AUGAAUUAUAAGUCAUUAACUGAUCUGAUUUCUGCAGUAGGUGCAGUAAUAUUGAUGAUGACCAUUAUUACAAUUGAUCACACCGGAAAUUCUCAGGCUCUAGUCCCAGCAAUUAUGACUUUCGGUGACUCAUCUGUGGAUGUUGGAAAUAACAAUUACAUUCACACCAUUUUCAAGGCCAACCACCCUCCUUAUGGCAGAGAUUUCAUCAACCGGAGACCUACUGGAAGAUUCUGCAAUGGAAAACUAGCCACUGACCUCACCGCUGAUACAUUAGGAUUCAAGACAUACCCCAAGGCAUAUCUAAGUCCAGAAGCCUCGGGCAAGAAUCUAUUCAUCGGAGCAAACUUUGCUUCCGCCGGUUCUGGCUACGACGUAAAGACAUCAAAGUUAAGCCAUGCAAUUCCUCUGUCACAACAAUUGGAGUAUUACAAAGAAUACCAAAGUAAAUUGAGAAAGGUGGCGGGUAAUAAAAAGGCAGAAUCGAUAAUAAAAGAUGGAUUAUACCUUGUGAGCUCCGGUAAUAGUGAUUUCGUUCAGAAUUACUAUGUUAAUCCAUUGCUAAAACUCUCUUAUUCUCCACAACAAUAUAGUUCAUAUCUCGUCAACAUAUUCUACAACUUCGUCAAGGAUUUAUAUGGUUUGGGAGCAAGGAAAAUCGGGGUGACUUCUCUACCACCAUUAGGAUGCCUCCCUGUAACCAUAACCUUGUUCGGUCAUCAUGAGGAAACAUGCGUGGAGAGGAUGAACAACGAUGCCCAAGAUUUCAACUCACAGAUGAAGUCGGCUGUCGCCAGUUUGAAGAAAGAACUUCGUGGCCUUAAAAUAGCAGUUUUUGACAUUUACAAGCCUUUAUAUGAUCUGAUUCGCAUUCCAUCCGAUCAUGGUUUUGCUGAAGCUAGGAAAGGUUGUUGCGGGACAGGAACCAUAGAGACGACAUCCUUAUUGUGCCAUCCUAAAUCAGUAGGCACUUGCAGGAAUGCGACGGAGUAUAUUUUCUGGGAUAGUGUUCAUCCUUCUCAGUCUACUAAUCAGAUCCUUGCGGAAUCCUUGAUCGCUGCUGGCAUCGAACUUGUUGGAUGA